AUGCUUAUUUAAUAAAGACAACCACUCAUUUAAUUUGAUGAUUAUAAAUCCUUUUUGGGUAGUUAAUGGAUUAAGAUUAAUUAUUUGAGUUAAGCUCAAUCAAUCGAAUGCCCAAAUGAUUUUGUAAAUUUUAUUGACAGCAAAAAAGAGAAAAUAUAAAUUGACCAGGAAAAGUUGGCUAAAUUCUAAACAUCUAAUCAAAAAAUAAUGAUACUCACAUUCUUCAUUUAUGGGUACCAUAUCACUUAUAUUGAAAAAUAACAAUUUCGUUAUAAUUUCUUCAAAAAGUUUAUCGAGACAAUUGAUAGAAUAGAACAAAAAACUCUGGAAAAUUUAUAGAAGUUCAUAGAACCUCAACAUCCAAUUAGCAAAUCAAUUUUACUUGAAUGCAUUCUAAUGCUUCUUCAUCAAACAUGUAUAUUAAUAGAAAUAAAUGAGUAAAAUCAUUUAGAUGAAUGUCAGGAUGAUUUCUAGGCUAUACCUGAAAGUAAAGUAUUUUAUAAAUAUGCUUAUAUACAUUUGGUUGAAUAAAUGAAGGAUGUAUUGUUUAAAUGCUAUAAUGAAGGACAAUUUUUGAUGACAAUAUUUAUUAACUAAUUAUUUUUGAGUGAAAUGAUAGUUGAAAAGAUACCACAAAAACAUGUAACUAAAAUUAGGUAUUACGAUACUAAGUUUAUAAUUGAAUUAAUGAAAGAAUUUCUUGAUUGUUCAGAUAAAACAAUUCAUCUUACUAGAUAGUAAAUAAAGCAAAUUUUUCAAUACAAUCAGGAAUCCUAAGGUAGAUUAUCGAAUUAAAUAUUUUAUAAUUUAGAGAACUUAAAUGAUUAAAUAAUUUUAAGCCUUUAAGCCUUAAGAAUUUGGUUGAACUCUAAGAACCAAACCGUCUUUUAAUAAAUAAAAAAAUUUUUAUAAAAUACUUUUUAGAAUUGCAAUUUCAGUUUCAAAUACGAUUAAGAAAGCAUCAACCUAUCCUUUGAAUUGCUAAGUAAAUGAUUUUAAUAUAUAUUAGGUCAUAUUUAAAAUUAAGCAUUUAUUAGUGGUAUUAAUUAUUCUGAAUAAUUAUUAGAAGAACUUAUAUAAAUUUUUCAUAUAUUAUGGAAUACUUUAGAAGAAUAAACUUAUGAUCAACUCUAUGAUUAAAAAACAGAAUUUUGGUUAAAUUAUAUUCAUAAAUUAAAUUUACUUUUGAAUCCUUUAAUACCUGUACCAAAAGAAACAGUAAAUAUUAAAGGAUGCGCUGGCCUAUAUCUUAUUUUAUAUGACAAUAAUUUAAAAAAAUAUAUACAUUCUACUACUAUUUUAUUUCAUUUUAUAGAUUAACUUUAUCCUUUAAAUUAAACUCUUAUAAAAUAAAGUCAUUUGCUCUAAAAUUUAAUUAAAUCCUCCAUUGAAUGUAUUGUGGAUUAGAAACUUUCAGAGAAUGAAGGAGUUUUAUAAACUAUAGAGAAAGUCUUAAAAUAAGUUCAAUUUAUUAAUCCAUAAAUUAAAUAAAAGAUCUUUUAGUUUAUUUGGACUAAAAUGAUUCCUGAAGAUCCUUUUUAUUUAUAAAUAUUAUAAAUGGUUGUUACUCUAUAUUUAGAAAACGAAGAUUAUUCUCUGGGUACGAGAAAUAGCUUUUUUAUUUCAAUUUUAGAGAUGGAAAGUCGUAAGAAGAUUGUUCAUCCAUAAAAAUUUAAUGCUUUUCUUUAAAUUUGUUAAUACCUUUGUCUCGAAUAAGCCCCUAUAAAUAUAGAAUAAAUCUUUUCUGAACAUGAUCCUAGUGAUAAUUGUGUAUAUUUAAAGUAAUUUAAAAUAAAGAGAAGUUUUUAAGAAUUAUUUUAAGUAAAUAAUUAUUAUGAUAUAAUAAUAAAUAUUAUUUCUGGAAUAAGUAAUACAAUUAAUUUGGUUUAUCAAUUAAAAGAGUUUAUUAAAUUAUUAUGGUUAUUAACUGAAGAACUUAAAUUAUGUUAGAUUGAUUUUGCAGAUGAGUUCGUUACAUUCUUAGAAUAAAAAUUAUACUUAUUUUCAGAUGAUUAAAUGAGAGAACUAAUAGAACUUCUUUUUGAUUGUUCAGUUUCUAUGAUAAGUAAAUAUAUUAGGCUAAAGAAUGUAUCAAAUGCAGCAGAGUAAUAUGGAGAACUACUAAUAUAAAAUGAAUUUUGUUUAAAAGUAAAUGAUAUACAAUAUAUAUUUUAGGUAAUUGUUGAAACAUUCUUAUUUAAUAUAACUGCUUCAGAAUAAUUAAGACUUAAAUGUAUCUAAUUUUUAGGUAUAUUAAUUUCUAUGAAUGACUAUAAUAAAAUGAUAUUUAGAGAAGCUAUUAGAUUAUCUGUAUAAAAUAGUUUAUAUGAUUUAGAACUUUUUAUUGUGUAUGAGAAAUUAGAAAAAUAAGAAUUUAUAAAAAUCAAUGGAAGAAGUAUUAAAAAGGUCAUUAUCAUUUAUAAGAAAUGAUUAAAUUUAAAGAUUAAUUUAAAAUGCUCCUAAAGAAUCUUAAAAAAAUAAAGUAUUUAAAUAAUCAGAAUUUUCAUAAUAUGUAGGAACCACUUUGGAAAAUCUUUAAAAUAAUGGAUGUGAAAUUAAAUUUAAAAGAUAGUUUUAAUUAUUAGGAAAAGAUAGUGGAAUUAUAAUAAAGAAUUAUAAAGACUUAAGUAUAAAUAAAUCAUGGAGAUCUUUUUCAAUUUUAAUGGAGUUCAAAAGAGAAGGUUUUUAUUUCAUUAAUUCAAAUGCAAAAUCCCUAGAUGAGAUUUAUAAAAAGGAAUAGAUUCUUUUUGCAUAUAGUGGUUACUUAGAGAGGCCAGAAAAAGUAGAUAAAGGUGGAAUAUAGACAACAUCUUAAAAAUAAAAUACUUUUUAAAUAGAUUUAAUUUAAGUUUCAUUAAUUAAUUAAUAAUUAUUACACAAAGAAGAAGAGAGAAGUUAUAACUAUCUUGAUAAUCUUAUAAAAGUUUCAAUUCUUACUUCAGAAUAGUAAACAUAAGAAUUUUCAUUAACUUACACAUAAUAAUCAAAAGAUGAGAUUAUAUUAAUUUUGUUUAUGUAUGAUGAAAGAAAUAGAGGAAAAUUUACAUUAAAUAUUUAAAAUAAAGUGAAAACUUCAUUUUAGAUCAAAUCAUUUUUAUAAGAAUAUGUUAAAAAGCAUUCUGAAAAACAUCAUCUUAAUGUACAUAUAGGAUGUUAUUAUUAAAAUUAAUAGUUUUAGAAAACAUUUUAAGGAAUUAUAAACAAUUUUAUUCUUAUUGAAAAUAUAUUAUUAGAAAAACAAAUUGAAGCAAUAUUUUCAAGAAAUUAAACAAAUUUAGUAGAAGUAGUUGAAAAAGAAACAAUGAAUUUUGGAGUUGAUGAAAUCUAAAGUAUAAUAUUUGAUUUAUAUUAUUAGGCAGGGAGAUGCAAUACUUAGAUUUUGAAAAAUUUAAGUAAAGUUUUUAAAUUGUUGAGAUUAAAGAUGUAUUGAAGAUUAUAAAAGCUUAAAAUAUAUAAGAUUAAAAUUUUAUAAUGACAAUGAUUAAGAAAUAGAUACAACAUAAGAUUAAUUAUUAAGAAAAUUAAGAAGCAAAAGUUAUUUAUCAAGGGGCAAAUAUUAUUGAAGAUACAAGUUUGGCUGAAGUUUUUUUAAGUUUAGAGAAUAUUGAAAUUAUUCUCUUCAUAAUAUCUAUAACAACUUAAACUUAUUUUGAGAUAGAACCAUAAUAAAGGAGAUCUUGUAAGUUAAGAAGUGUUAAAAAUGUUUUAUCAAAUGGUACUAAUUCAAGCAAAGGAGUUUUUAGAAGAACUAGUUAUUUUGAUUCUCUUUCAAGAUAAAUAUUUUUAAUAAAAGAUUUAAGAAAAUGUAGUGAUGAUUAUGUUAAUUACUAACAAUUUUAAUUCAAUUUAAAAAAAUAAAACAGCUCAUUAAUAUCAUAAGGAGAAUCUCCAGAACAAUAAAGAUAAAAUUUUAUUUAAUUAGAUUCUGAUCGAUCAAAUUCAAAUUCAAUAAAAUUGACUUCUUAAUUUUAAGUUGGUCCAGAGUUUGAUUAAGAUUAAAUGGAUUAGACUUCUUUAUUCAAUAUCCCAAUAGUAUAAGUAUAAACUACAUUCUCUUAAGAAUAAUAAAAUCCUUUUGUUUAUAAAUCAAAUGAGUCUGAUUAGAAGAAGAAUUCUUCACCUGAGAAAUUAAAUUUAGAGAGGCGAUCAAAUUAGAAAAUUACUUUGGAGCAGUUUAAUUUAGAUAGAAAAGUUAAAUCAUAAUUCACUGGAAGAAAAAAUACAAGAAAUUAUACUUGUUAAAUAUCAAUGAAAAAUGGAUAAUAAAUAUAGAAGAAUAUUUAAAAUAUGGCUGAAAUAUAGAGUGAUAAAAAUAUUGAUAUGCAUUAUUAAGAAACUGAAUAAAAUAUGUUUGAUUCUAAUUCAUAUCCUUGUGAAUGGAUUCAAGUAAAGAUGUAAAUAUUUGGAGAAUUGAAAUUAUUAGAAAAAGGGAAGAUCAUAUAAUUUUAAAGUGAUGGUUAAGAACGUCCAGAUAAAGAAUUUUAUAGUUAUGGAACAAUAGUAUUGAAAUUUCUAUAAUUAUUAGGCUUGUAAUUUAAAAAAGGUGAAGAAAAUAAAAACAAUAAACACUUCUCAAAUUAUAGAAAUUUAAACAAGGAGAUAUUCACAUAAAGAAAUUGCUUUAGAAAUGUUUUGUAAAAACACAAAGUCUUACUUUUUUGUUUUAUAUGAUUAAGAUAAAAGAACAUAAUUUUUGAAUUAAAUAAAAUUUAACAAUUUCAUAAACAUUGUGAUAGAUAAAAGAGCAGGUAAUUAUUUGAAAAAUAGAGAUUAGAAUUUUAAGCAAAAGAAUAUACAAAGAAAUGGAUGAAAGGAAAAUUAUCAAAUUUUGAAUAUUUAAUGUUAAUAAAUAAAUAUUCUGGAAGAUCUUUUAAUGAUUUAAAUUAGUAUCCAAUAUUUCCAUGGGUUAUAACUGAUUAUAAAAGCAAGAAAAUAGAUCUUGUAAUUAAGUUUAAUUAUUAUGAUAGAGAAAUAAAGAAAUAUAUAGAGAUUUAGAAAAAAUGAUUAGUACAUAGAAUAAAGAGAGAUUAGAAAAUUGUAAGAUAAGAGCAGAAUCUUUAAAAUCAACUUAAAAUGAAUAUUUUUUAUUUGGGUCCCAUUAUAGUGUGGCUGCUUAAAUAAUUAAUACUCUAAUAAGAGUAGAACCAUUUACAACAUUGUCAUGUGAAUUAUAAGAUGGAAAAUUGGAUUAACCAGAUAGAUUAUUUUUUUCAAUUUAAAACAUUUGGGAAUCAUGUUAAAAUGAUAAUUAAGAUUAUAGAGAAUUAAUUCCUGAGUAUUUUUUUUUACCAGAAUUUUUGAAGAAUAUUAAUAAAAUAUAAUUUGGAUAAAAAUAAAAUUAAGAAUAAGUUGAUGAUGUAGUAUUACCUCCUUGGGCUUCAAGUAGUGAAGAGUUUAUUGAAAUUAACAGAUAAGCCCUUGAAUCGAGUUAUGUUAGUGAGAAAUUACAUUGUUGGAUUAAUUUAGUUUUUGGAGUUUAUGCAUAUGGUGAGGAAGCAAGAAAAAAAGAUAAUUUAUUUCAUUGGCUUACUUAUGAUUCUUGUUUAAAUUAUUUAAAUAAAUUACCAAGAUAAGAGAGAAUGGGAUAUUUAGCAUAAAUAUAAUAAUUUGGAUAAGUUCCAUUUUAAUUAUUUACAAAGCCACAUUGGCAAAAAUAAAAAUGGGAUUUAAAUUUGUUUUCACCCUUAAACAUACUUAAAUUAUUAAGUGUUAAAAAUUCUAGUUAUUUUAAAACUAUUAUAAAAUUUGAUAAAAAAUUUGUUACAAAAAUUUAUAAGGAAAAUGAAAUGUUAUAUGUUCUUUUAAAUAAUAAAUAAGUUUACAAAUUAAAGUAUUUAUCAUUUUUAUAUUUUAGACUAAAUAGUAAUUAAGAAAAAAGAGAUAGUGAAGAGAAGUUGGGAAAUUCUUCAAUAUUUUCUGUUAGAGGAAAUGAGAAACUUCAAUCAAAAGGAUUAUAAUUUUAAUUUGAUGAUAAUCUCUUAUUUGUUUGUGGAUAUUUAAGUGGAGCAGUCUAUAUAUAUAAUUUAUUCUCAGAUAAAUCUUAAUAAGCUUAAAUAAAUCAUAAAAUAAAAUUACAUAAAAAGAGAGUAACUUGUUUAUCAUAUUCUCCAAAACUAAAGAUUUUAUGUUUAGGUGCAAAAGAUAAUAGAGUAACUGUAUGGAAAACCACUCAUUCUUCUGAAAAAUAAGUUUUAUUCUCAUCAACUCCAUCAUUGAUAUUGUAUGGUCAUGAUAAAACAAUAAAAUGUGUUCAUAUUGAUGAUAUAUUAUAAGUAGUAGUAAGUUUGGAUAAAAUUGGAAAAUUAUAAAUUCAUUCAAUUAUUACUGGAAUAUUUUUGAACGAUAUAAAGUUUGAUUUAAUAAAUGGUGAGAAAGUAUAAAAUAUAGUAACAAAUGGAAAUGGAUUAAUAGUAUUAUAUACAAAUAGUAAUCAAAUUAUAGCAACCAGGUAAAUUUGAAUAAUUAAUAAUUACUAGAGUUAAUGGUCUUCAUAUUUAGAGAUAUUCUUAUAAUAGUAUUGGUAAUAUAACUUAAAUAAGUACAUAUUUACAAUAACAUUUAUUGGUGUCUACUCUAAAAGGUGAGAUACUGAUAAUUUAAGAUAUUGCUAGUUUAAAUGAAUAACCUCCAAUCAUAUUCCACUUGUAUCAAAAUAGAGCCAGUAUUGGUAUUGUAACAUUUGCUUAUUGUAAUAAAUAUAUGUAUAAUAAUAUUAGUUAUGGAGAAUGAAUCUUUGGUCUUACUUAUAAGUUUGAUAGACGGAUCAUUAAAUCGAUAUGUAAUAAGUAAUGAAUAAAGUAAGAUUGAUUAUCUAUUUUUAAUAGCUGAAUUCUUUCAUUAAUUAGUCAAGUUGGGAGUAUGA